AUGGGCGAGCUCGCAGAGGAUCUCUUCCUCCGCCUUUCGCCGGAGCUCGUCGAGGAGGUAUUUUUCCGCCUUCCACCGGACGAGCCCGCCUGCCUCGCACAAGCCUCCGCUGUCUGCAAACCCUGGCGCCGCAUCCUCGCCGAUGUGGGCUUUCGCCGCCGCUACCGCAAGUUCCACGGAACGCCUCCCGUCCUGGGUCUCUUCCAACGGGGCGACUGGCUCUUCCGAAAGGGAUCCCGCUUCGUUCCCACCUCCGCCCUCUUCCCUGCCCAGCCCGACCAUCCCGAUUGGCUUCCCAUGGACUGCCGCCACGGCCGCGCCCUCUUCGACCGCACCUGGGACAAAUCCGUCCUCAUGGUCUUGGACCCUCUGACGGGCCACCAGCGCCUCGUGUCCUCCCCCUAUACUCACUCGGUCAGCUUCAGUGCGGCGGUGUUCUGCGCCGGCGCCGCACAAGGCUGCGACCACCACGGUUGCCAAGGAGGUCACUUCCGUCUGGCCGUCGUGACCACCAAUAAUGUCCAAGAGGUCACAUCGGGCUGGCUCUACUCGUCGGAGACUCGCGUGUGGAGCGACCUCACCUCUCUUCAUCACCCCAAUCUCAGAUUUACCAAUUUGGCUGCGCCUAGCGUCCUUGUGGGUGAUGCACUCUACUUCAACCUUGGUGGCAUCAUCGAGUGCCAACUUGGUACACUCUGCCUGUCAAUGUUCGAGAAGCCGAUCGAUGGCAAAGGGACUCUCAUGGCGACACAAGGCGGACUGCUGGGAUUCGCUGCUGUGGUGGAUGCCGCAAAUCUAACCCUUUGGUCGAGGGAGGCCGGACCCAAGGGAGCCAUGGGAUGGGCAAAACUCAGGAUAAUUGAUCUUGAGGCGCUGCUCCCUGUUGAUGCCAUGUCCCUAACAUUGGAAUUCAGGAGGAUCAGUGGCAUCGCUGAGGGCACCCAAAUCAUUUUUGUGAUAGCACGUGCUGGUUCUUAUAUGGUUGAUCUCGAGUCAGGGCGAGUCAGGCCGGUGUCUUGUCUUUGCAGAAAAAUCUUUCCCUACAUGAGCUUCUACAUACCAGCAAUGGAAGCAGCUUGUGCUGGUCAGGAGCACUGA